UGUCUACCUCAAUGAGAAUGAAAUAGUGACGUCACAUCAAUCACGCCGUCGAUCAGCGACGAUCGAUUCCAAAAUUCUGAGACAGAGUUGUGUGGACUGUCCAUCGAAAAGGAUCGAUUAGAUUUGUGGUUCGGAAAAGUCUCAGGCCACCCGGAGGACGAGGAAAUGUCGGCCGUCAGCAAGUAUUGGCACCAGAUAGCGACACCGGAUGUCACUUGUCAGAUGACGAUACAUCCGGGACUGUCCUGCUACGAGAAUAUUCGGACCCAAAUCAGGACCACCGUUGGGGGAAAUUUGAGCUUUUUCGUGCCGGUUUCGGUGCUCAGGCUGUUGCUGCUGAUCUAUAGCCGGCGAACCGUUUCGAUCGAAAUCGUGCGGCAGACUUUAUUCGAACUUUUCUGUUGUACCGCGAAUGGAUGGGCAGUUUCCAACAGUUGGAGUGCCGGAUUUUGUGCCCGAUAUUGGUGGCACGGACGCAUGACCGGAACCAGCUUCAUCUACGGUUCGGCGAUUGCCGGCACGCUGCUGAUGUACUGGAUGCCACAGUACGUCAAAAGUACUCACUCGAGGGCGAUCUUCAAUGUGUUUUUAGAGUGUUGGAUUAAAUCGAGAGAUCGACCGUGGGUGGAGUUUUUGCGAGAGUCCAAAGCAGCUGGAACGCUGGCGUUUAUGAUCGUCAGUGCUGCUAUCGGAUUUGCUGCCCUAAGGAUUAAGGGAGCGGAAUUUUGGUUCUUCGCUCCGGUCCGGAAAAACUACAACCCCGAAAGUGAUCGGGUCACGAAGGCAUGCUUCCAUCGGGAUUCCUGUGUGGAACACAUCAAGGAUGGCCUCAGGACCAGUUUCACCUUCGGAAUGAUUUUGGAAGUGGCACGCCGGCUGAUCGGAUCGGCGCCGAAAGCUGGACGGGAUCCAUGGGUUUUGGUGACCGAUUUGCGAAAAAUUCGAUUCAAAUUUGUCGCCUUUCUGGCGCUGUACAAUGGAUUGUUUAGGUACAUCAGCUGCUAUCUUGCAAAACGUCGGGGAAAAAUGUCCCCCCAUGACAGUACCAUCGCCGGAUUCUUGAGUGGAGUCAGCUACUGGCUAUCGCCCAACUACAACGUGUUCAAUCUGGGCGUCACUGUGAUGUUGCAAAAUAUGUGGCGAUUCAUCGUCGAACAUCACGGACAACGCAACAAGAUGGUUCAGCAGUUGGAUCGAUUGCCGUUUAGUUUCAUCGCCUGGGUCCUGCUGAUGAACUACAACAUGUACGCCCGGGCUUGCUAUCCCUACGCCAUGUCCCGGUAUGCGCUCAAGUUUACCGAUCUCUGCUCCGCUUCACAAUCCCAAGUGGCUUCGGAAUGUUUUGCCAAACUGUUAUUUGAACCGCGGUGAUAUUCAUUUAUGUUACAUUUUUUACCGAUUUUGCUCAAUUAAUAUUUGACUCUUGAAGACAACGUUCCUUCUUACGCCUCAACGAUUCGCGUAUUGAUUUGCUAGAAAAAGUUUUAUGUACAAGAAAAAGUAAUAUUGAAGUACUUAGAUGAAUUUGUUGAAUUAUUUAGAUAAGUUUUAACCCAAUUCCUUGAUAUUAAAGUAAUAUUUUUGUUCCAUGUUACUUUGGUUAUUUAUGUUGUUUUUUUUUACUUUAUAACUCUUAAACUUCUGUGGCUCUUGAGUAAGUAUUUCUUAUUUUAUGAAAAAAAGAUGACAUCAAAAAGUGAAGUGAACUGGAACAAUCCUUGGAAUCAUGAUGUUAUUGGCUCAAAUGUCACAACGCAUAGCAGUUUAGCAAAACAUUGAAAAAAGCCCUAAAACUCCGGAGUUUGAGAAUACAUUUUCUAAUAUUGGAUAGAACAAUAUCUAUUUGUUGUUUAAUCUUCUUAAUGUUAAAAUUGCUGGAAAAAUCGUAUAGUGUCAGUUUGCAGCGGCCUAGAAAGCCUACCCAAAGUACGAUUACUGCCAGUGAAGACUUUCCGAACCAAGAUUAGAAUUUCUUUAGGUUUGUCAAGCAACCGCUCGUAAGAUGAUAAUCUUUAAAAAUAGUUAUAUCUUUAAAAAUCAAUACACUUGUGUAAUAUUUUUA